CGUCAUUCGUCAGUAUCGCAGUAAUGGCGAUAGACUGUGCAGGUGUAUACGUUGUAUACAUAGAACACAAUGAAUUAUUUUUAUUAGGAAUACAAUAAAUAUUUUAUUAGAUUCAGAAAAUAUUAGUGUAGUUGUAAAAAUGUUGAGCAAAGAAGGAAGAAUUAGUUUAUUUUCUUUUUUUAUAUCAUUGAUAAUCUCCAUUCUUCCGGAGGUACUUUUGAGGUUAGAAUUUGAUUACUAUCAACAAUUCAUUGAAAAUAUUUGGAUUCUACAUGCACUUCAGUUUACUCUCUUGAACUUUUUGUUAAUUCUCACUUUUCGAGGUUUUUCCUAUCAAGUCUCAGUGCGAGCAUCAUUGUUGGGAUACAUUUUUGGAGUUGGAAUUCUAAUUUUUGCCACAGCACCGCAGUCAUGGCAAAUAUUUGGAAUCUACACGUCCGUCCUUGCUUUCUUCCAUUAUUCUGAAUUUAUGACAAUAGCCUGGACAAAUCCAAAUGCAAUUUCAAUCGACAGCUUUAUUCUUAAUCAUAGUGUCGCUUAUGGAGUGGCUGCAUGCUCGAGUUGGUUGGAAUUUUUCGUCGAACGUUAUUAUUUCCCAACAAUGAAGGAGCCAUCGUCAAUUUCUUAUUUUGGAUUUAUAUUGUGCUUUUGUGGGGAAAUUUUAAGAAAAUUAGCCAUAUUUACUGCAAAACGAAAUUUCAAUCAUAUAGUUCAAACUGAAAAGAAUGUCGAUCACGAACUCAUCACUCAUGGUGUUUAUGGAUUAUUCAGGCAUCCCAGUUAUGUCGGAUGGUUUUAUUGGUCCAUUGGCACUCAGUUAAUUCUCCAGAAUCCAUUUUGCUUCCUCGCGUAUGUAGCGGCAUCGUGGAAAUUCUUUAACGAGCGAGUAAAAAUUGAGGAAAUUAUGCUUCUCAAUUUCUUCGGCGAAAAAUACAUAGAGUAUCAAAAUGAUGUCGGUACCGGUUUACCCUUUAUUUCCGGCUACAAAAUCGACUUAUAGAAAUGUAAAAAAAGCGUGUUGGACUGAUUAACUAAUUUAAUACGGGUAGAAAAACAAAAAUACUAGUUAGUAUUAAAUUUAUUAAAUAGUUAAAUUAAUUAAAUGAAUAAUUAAUGAAAUUAAUAAUUUAUAAAAUUAGUAAUUUUAAUACUUUAUAAAAUUAGUAAUUAAUAAUUUAUAAAUUGUAAAAUUUAUCCUCGAGUCUAAAGAAUUAUAUUUUUAUUAACGCUUGUAAACUUUUUUUAAAAUAAUUAUAACACGUUAAUAUUUUAAUCUGCCAUAAACGUAAAAAUCAAAUUAUAAUCAUAAAAUAAAUCAAAACAUAAAUCAUAAUUUUAUUUCUCUAUUAGGAUGUAAAAAAACAUCUAUUUUUAGCAAAAUUAUAUUUAUUGUCUCAUUUUCUUUUCAAUAAUUAUCAUAUAGCAAAACAUACAUACAUUUAUUAGACGAUAAUUGAUAAUUUUGUCACGCACAAACAUUCCGGUUGAUAUUUAAUUUUUAGACAUUAAAAAAUUGUUAUUUUAUCAUUAAUACUUUUAUUAAAAGUUUUUACGUCCGUUUAUCAAUUAUAUACACGUCGUUUGUUUGAUACAUUUUGUAUUAUAAUUACAAUAACACAAAAAAAAAUAUUUUCAGAAAUGUAGAAAACAAUUUUUGACAAUAAUUUUAAUUUUAAAUGACGAAUUUUAAAUAAUAAAUGGAAAAUAGAAUGAAAUUUUAAAUACCAUUUUUUAGAAAUCAACGUUGUGAGAUUAAAAUGCGUUUCAUUGAUAAAACAUAAUGGCAGUGAUACUCUAACAUUAAUAUUCAUUAAGUAUAGAUUAAAAAAACACCGUACUGUUAAAAUAUUGUUUUUUAUGCAAUAAUAAAAAAUUAACUACGUAACUAUGAAAAAAA